UUCAAACAAACGGCGCGGACUUUUUGCGAAGGAGCGUUCGUGUUUUGAGCAUCUUUCUUUAUCUUUUCCCGGACGUCUGAAGAGGACCAAUGGCCGACGUGCGAGCUAAAAGAAAGAGCGACCCUUCUGUGGGCGGCGAGACCGUAGCCGGAAAGCGCAGACAUACCAGCACCGCCCUGAGCGGCAAAGAGAACGUCGUGCCCCGCGCCCGUCCCACCAGCUCCAAGAAACCCAGGCUCGUACAGGAGGACCCAGCUAUAGAGAGGCUCCAGGAGAGGAUAGAGAUGGAGACAAAGAUAAAGGACGGAGCGACAAGGCUCCUGCAGGCCAGCAGCACUGCCGCCCAGUCCAUGGAGGCCUCCAAGGGCAUGUUUGUCUCCAACGCCAAGAUCCUGGCUCUCCUGAGGGAGAUUCAGCAGCUGCGAGCAGGGAAGCAGUCUCCAGCCACCAACAACAGCUCUGGCCUCAAGUCCUGCCCUGCAAAACUGGCCAUCUCAGACAUCAGGAUUCCUCUGGAGUGGCAGGAGUUUGAGAACACCCAUGGGAAGGUGGACAACCACACCCACUUUGGUGUGUUCUGUCUCUUUCGUAUCGGGAACCAGGUGAUGGACACGCCCUCUCUGGUCAGCGUGGACCGCUCUACCAUGGACAUCACCUUCAGGGACGUCAUUAUCUUCCCAGAGAAGGUGGAUGCUGACUUCACACUGGAGGUGGAGGUGUACUGCAGUCUGCCUCCAGAGGAGACCGCCUCCCACAACAGACCCUCCACUCCCAUCAAGAUGUUCAAGAGACUCCGUGGAGGAAGCAAGACAAGCUCAGAGGAUCCAGCACUGAUCGCCUCGUCCUCUUCCUUUUCCGACAUGUCCUCCUCAAUCCCUCCCCGCCGAUUUGCCAUUGCUGGCCAUGCCCAUCUCCAUCUCAGUGAAAUGUCCCAGACCUGCAAGACUUAUGUGCUGAAGCGUGGAGCAGUGGGAUCCAGUGGAACUGCCAGUACUGGAGGUCACAAUCUCCCCCUCCUGCCUCUCUGGGGCCAAAUCUGCUGCAAGCUAAUGGCCCAGCCGGACUGCGCCACAGAGCCCCGGAUCUCCGGGUUUAUCAACCUCCAGAGGAUGGUGGGCGGGCUGCCCGACUGGGUGAGACUGUGGUGUGUUGUGAGACAGAACCGGCUGCGCUGCUGGAAGAACCCAGAGGACGUCGGGAGGAGAAUGCCUGAACAGAUCAUCGAACUAACAGAGGGUAUGGUGGUGGAGCCAGCUCAGAGACUCCUGAUGCGGCGUCCCCACGCCAUCUUCAUCAAGGACCCCGACUCGGAGCUCUACAUGGCCUUUGAGUCAAAGGAAGAGAGAGAGCAGUGGAUCGAGGCUCUGUCACAGUCCAUCCUUGACCUGAAGGUGUGGAAGUCCUCGUGCGACUUUCUCAUCCCCCAGCCAAACAGCAAGUUCUACGUGGACUCUCCGUCGGCUCAUUUCGUGCCUAAAUUGAGGGGCAGUGGGGCAAUUAGAGGGAGUUCAAGUCUGACCCAGCUUUAGUCCCUGCCUUCAGGAGCUGGAAUGGACCAUUAAUUCACUGUAUGUAUAUACAACAAUGCUACUGUGUAUGUAGAACGGUUAGUGUUUUAAAAAAACUAUUGUUCUGCUGAAGAAGAAUUGUUCAUUGUCAUACUAUAUAUACCAUUAUGUUCCUUGUGUCUUGUGCAGAAAUAUAUUGGAUUGUGGUUGCAGAUUGUAUUGUAGUGUGAUACAAUAACACCUUUUCAUUUAAAUAAGUUACAAAAUUAGAAUUGCUGUGAAAUGAAGUGACCCGUGAGUGAAUGGGAUGAAAAACAUCAGUGAUUCUAAUGCUGAAUGAAGAUAGAAAGGGAGACGGUCUAUUAAUAGAUGAUGAUGAAAAACUACACAUAAGCCUCCAUUAGCUCCUAGAGGGCAGCUGCAGGACGAGGUUUGCUGGAUUCACUCCGCGGGGCGUGGUACCGCAGAGGCUUAUCUGGGUUGAAGAUGUUCAAAAACACGUCCUUUACUGAUGUGUACUUUAGAAUGUUCCGGAGAUAGGGUUUGAACUUGGCCUCCCAGACCUUGGUGUGAAUUCCCUUCAGCUUCCCUUGAUCUUGGUCUUGACUGUGAGGUAGUUGACCCACAGCACGUUGGUGAAGGGAGUGAACUUGUGCCACUCUGACUUUGUGGCGUUCUUCAUGCUGCGGUAGACGUCAAACUGAAUGUCUCCCUUUCCCUUGAAUAGCCAGGGGAGGUUGUUGAGGUCCAAGUGACUGAGGCAAUGGCUCUCUUUCUGGGUGACUCUGGAGAGGGUAAAGUCGACGAUGGUGGCUUGUACACCGUAAGUCUUGAUGUGGUAGUCUUUGUUGUUGAACCUGAAAUAUAUGAACUCUUCCUUUGUCCUCUUCACCAGAACGUUACCCCUGUGCAUGUCGCGAUGCUCAAACUGCAGUGCCUGCACGGACAGAUAAACUUAGAUCCGGUAUAUAUACAUAAUAAUUACGUAGAAGUGGCUAUUACAUGUACGUAUAUACCUCUUCUGCAAUUGCAAGUGAGAGAGUGACU